CACAAAGAUGGCGGCAAGGCCCCUUUCCCCUUCCACUCUCCGUUGGAGGCCUUCAUUACCUCUGGCGGGUUUCCCAUCGUCCAAACUCCGCCAAUGUCAGUUUGCGGUGACCGCCCCGCCUCCGGGCAGCGGAUAAGUGCAGCGACGGACGGGAUCCGGAAUUUUCUGCUCGACAUCCUGCGGCGCGCCGGACGCUUAACGGACACACGGCGCCCGGGGGCUGACGGGACGGGACUGGGAGGUGGGAGGACUCGCGGCAGGGGCUGACGGGACGUCACGACCAGACCUGGAGGAGCGGAAAUGGCGGGGCUCGGAGGACUAGCUGCUUUCAGGGCAGCUCAGAGAUGCAUGUGUGGGGCAGUGGGCUUUCCCCCUGGGCUCCUGUUCAGACAGCUCUUUGAGAAGGUUAGCUGCACCUACACGUAUCUGUUAGCCGAUGCUGAGACCCGGGAGGCCGUUGUCAUUGACCCCGUGAGGGAGACAGCUGACCGUGAUGUGCGUCUGAUCCAGGACCUGGGCCUCAAGCUCCUGUACGCUGCCAAUACCCACGUGCACGCGGACCAUGUGACCGGGACAGGGCAGAUGAAGAAGCAGAUAGUGGGGUGUCGGUCUGUCAUUGCGGAGAGCAGUGGGGCAGCAGCAGAUCUACACGUCCGUGAUGGGGACACUGUCACCUUUGGGAGAUUUGGUCUGGAGGUGCGAGCGACCCCGGGCCACACGAAUGGCUGUGUCACGUACGUUCUGAACGAUCGGAGCAUCGCUUUCACCGGGGACGCACUCCUCAUCCGGGGCUGUGGCAGGACAGACUUCCAGCAAGGAAGCUCAGAGUCUCUGUACCGCUCAGUGCACAGUCAGAUAUUCACCCUCCCUGAUCAGUGUCUGCUGUAUCCAGCCCAUGAUUACACAGGUCAAACCGUUACCACAGUGGGAGAGGAGAAAAGACUCAAUCCGCGUCUCUCCAAGUCACUGCCGGAGUUCAUAGAGAUCAUGAACAACCUGAAGCUGCCCUAUCCCCAACAGAUUGACCAAGCUCUCCCAGCGAACAUGGUGUGUGGCCUUCAGGACAUUCCCAGGGAUCAGCGCAGUUAAAGGUUCCAAACAGUUCACACUGACUGCAGAUGGUUUCAUGAGAUUUAGACACUCCUAGUUCCUGUCUGAAACACUUUUAUUGAAUUGUUCUCUCCUGUUCUGGUUCUCUCUUGCUCUCUGGAUCACUAAAGGAGAUGUGUGUGUGUGUUUCUGUCGUGCACACCACUGAUUGGGUUUGAGGCUCUGGGUGGUGGAAUCGUGUCUCACUUUCAGCGUGUAUCACGAGUGUUUAUCCUCCCAAUCAAGUCCUAGUUCCGAAGGCUCUGUCCUCAGCCUGCCUAACAGUAUCGAACAGGAGGGAGGUGCCAGUACGUCACCAGUGACAUUCCACGUUUGGUCAGCAACCUCCCAAACAGUGUGUCUGAGCCACCGAUUUGCAGGUCGCUGAGGGAGUCUGCAGUGGGGCUCGCCAACCAUAUAUGAACACUGGAAUCUUCCUCUGCACACCCAUACACACAAAAAAAACGCCACGUUGUAUUUUGAAUUCUGCCUGGGCACGCGUGGUUGUUUCGGGGCACAUUCUCCGUGCGUCGACCUGCGUUCCCACUGGCAUUUUUUCCCCACAGACUGCAAAUUGUCACCUCAUUCUGAAACUCUUUGUGUCUGGCCUGAUGGGUCUAAGAGGGAGAGCCUCGACGACUUUGUUUCUCUCUUCAGCCGCAUUGCGUCGUACCUUUUUUCUCUUUUGUAGAUAGCGGGGAGUGGGGGGAAACGAAGAGGAUUGAAACGUCCCCUACUCCCUCCCGUGCUUGUGUGCCAAGUUUUUGCUGCAGGUUUUGGACAGCAACUUGCCCAACAGCCCCGAGUGUGUCGCGAAUGACCAGCAGAAUGUCAAGGUGUCGUGGUUAGCCUUGCCAAUAACACUGGAAUCUUCAGUCCUGUUAACCGCAAGCCUUUGUGAAUCUACUACCUGAUGCCUUCCCUCUCCCCUCGCAUCCUGAGCGAAUGGAAAUUAAAUCGGGAGGUCUGGAAUCGGAGAGAAUCGAGGGUCACUGGAACAUUUUGGACUCUUCCUUCCCUCUUUGUAUCGUUGUCUUUUUUUGUACGCCCCCUCUGUGAUGGGGUGCGGUUGUGAGGGCUGUACAUUUAGAGUGCUGAGCAAUAAACCCUGUUCCUUUGUGUUCUUUCUCGUAA